GCCCGAAACACUGAUUGUUGCAGAAGCAGAUCUUGCUCUUCCCUCUCUUCUUCUUUCGAAUUGGUUAUUGCAGAGAGAUGAAGCAUUUCAUGAUGCCAAGAAACGCUAUCUUGAGGGAGACUGGAGAGUCGCAAUCGCCAAACCCUAGUUUGACGAAAUCGAAGUCACAGAGGAAGAUUAAAUCUGCUAAAGAGAAUGCUCCACCUCCGGAUCUGAACUCGUUGUUGCCUGAUCAUAGAUCUUCUCCGGCGAAAUUGAAGAGUCCUUUGCCUCCGCGUCCUCCGUCGUCUAAUCCUCUUAAACGGAAGCUAAUUGCUGAGGCUGCGGCUGAUAAUGGAGUAGCUGCUGGAGUUUCAGACUCUGGUGUCAAGGUUAUAGUCAGAAUGAAGCCUCCAAGCAAAGGUGAGGAAGAGGAGAUGAUAGAUGAUAUCUUUCAGCUUGUGGGUUCCCCUCUUGUAGAAAACUGUCUGGCUGGAUUUAACAGUUCUGUUUUUGCCUAUGGACAGACUGGUAGUGGGAAAACGUAUACCAUGUGGGGUCCUGCAAAUGGAUUGUUGGAAGAGCACCUUAGUGGUGACCAAAGAGGUUUGACUCCACGUGUCUUUGAAUUGCUCUUCGCCCGUAUCAGUGAGGAGCAAGCAAAGCAUGCUGAAAGGCAGCUAAAGUACCAGUGCCGCUGUUCGUUUCUCGAGAUAUACAACGAGCAAAUAACAGAUCUUUUGGAUCCGAGCCAAAGAAACCUGAUGAUUAGAGAAGAUGUCAAGUCCGGUGUUUAUGUUGAAAAUCUGACUGAGGAGUACGUGAAAAACUUGAAGGAUUUGUCAAAGCUUCUGGUUAAGGGCUUGGCAAACAGAAGGACUGGUGCAACAAGUGUAAACGCAGAGAGUUCAAGGUCGCAUUGUGUAUUUACUUGUGUUGUCGAGUCCCACUGCAAGAGUGUUGCAGAUGGUUUAAGCAGCUUCAAAACAAGUAGAAUCAAUCUUGUUGAUCUGGCUGGUUCAGAAAGGCAAAAAUUAACCGGUGCAGCAGGCGAUCGUUUGAAGGAAGCUGGGAAUAUAAAUCGAUCACUUUCCCAACUUGGGAAUUUGAUCAACAUUCUAGCAGAAAUUUCACAAACAGGGAAGCAAAGACAUAUACCCUAUAGAGAUUCCAGGUUGACAUUUCUAUUACAAGAGUCUCUAGGUGGGAAUGCAAAAUUAGCUAUGGUUUGUGCAGUUUCUCCCUCGCAAAGUUGUAGGAGUGAAACCUUCAGCACCUUGAGAUUUGCUCAGCGUGCAAAGGCGAUACAGAACAAGGCAGUUGUCAAUGAAGUAAUGCAAGAUGAUGUAAAUUUCUUGCGGGAAGUGAUACGCCAGCUGAGGGAUGAACUGCAAAGGGUGAAGGAUAAUAAUGGAAACAACCCAACAAACCCAAAUGCAGCUUAUACCACUUCCUGGAAUGCGCGUAGAAGUCUGAGUUUGUUAAGAAGCUUUGGCCUGGGUCAUCCAAAGUCAUUACCAAAUGGAGAUGAUGAUGGGGACACUGAGAUGGAAAUUGACGAGGAGGCUGUUGAAAGGCUUUGUGCUCAAAUGGGCUUGUGUCCACCUGCCGAGGACAACAAUCAGGACAUGAGCAGAGUAGAGAAAAUAAAUUCAUCAUUACAGACAGUGGCCCUGAAGGAUGAAUCUUACAAAACCUCCCACCUUAGAUCAUCUGAUGUCCAAUCAUCUACAGGAAAGCAGUUUCCUGAAGAUACAGAUGUUAACAUGGAGGAUGCGUGUUGCCAAACUGAGAACAAUGGGUCAGAGACUGAUAAUGCGUUAUCUGUGGCAGAAACUAGAAUCUCAACAAAUCAGAUCAAAGCGGCCGUGCAAACUAUGGAUGAUGGUUCUAGUGUACAGCCUGCUUCCAUAAAAAAUUCUCUUAAUUCUUGUAUUAGCGACACAAACCAGGGAAAUUCACCAAGCAAGGCGGAGAACAUUCCAUCAUGCCAAGACUUGGUUCUAGAAGCUGAUGUUUCUGCAAUUGUAGCAGUAUCUGAUACAUCAAAUGAUACAGAACAGGUCUCAGUAAAUCCUGUGUCGCCUUGCCUUAGCAUAUCUCCAGUAAGUGUUUCUCCUGGACUAAUACCUCCCACUGAGAGCGCCUCUCCUAAGAUCAGAAAUAGCAGGAAAAGCUUGAGGACAACAUCAAUGUCCACCGCAUCACAAAAAAAUAUUGAGAGAGCAAACCAGUUAACUAAAGAAGUUGUGGAACCUUCUCCGGCUAUGUCCACAGAGGUGUUAAACCUAUAUAGUGCUUUGUCUACAAAGAAAAGUGAAGCUUUUCCUGUGCCAACUAGGCAAUUGGCAGCUAGCCUUCACAGAGGCAUGAAACUUCUUGACUCAUACCGGCAGAGUACAGCUCAUAGACGAUCGACAUUCAGAUUGUCCUACAAAGCUCUAGAAUGCAAGCCCUCAACCGUUUUAAGUAAGGCUGAUGUAGGUGUUCAAACUUAUCCAGAAGGUGAUACUGUAGCGGAAGACAACCCCAAAGAAGUACUGUGCAGUAAAUGUAAAUGCAGAGCAGAAUGUGAUGCCCAAGAAAUAAGUGACACUUCUAAUCUCCAGUUAGUACCUAUUGACAACUCAGAAGGUUCAGAAAAGUCCAAUUUCCAAGUUCCUAAAGCAGUGGAAAAGGUUCUAGCAGGGUCUAUCAGAAGAGAAAUGGCUAUGGAGGAGGUCUGCACUAAGCAAGCAUCUGAAAUAUCACAGCUUAAUCGGCUGGUGCAACAGUACAAGCAUGAGAGAGAGUGCAAUGCCAUCAUAGGACAAACAAGGGAGGACAAGAUUGUUCGCCUUGAAAGUCUCAUGGAUGGCGUGUUGUCUAAAGAUGAUUUCCUGGAUGAAGAAUUUGCAUCACUCAUGCAUGAGCAUAAGCUUCUGAAGGACAUGUAUGAGAACCACCCCGAAGUAUUGCAGACGAGGAUUGAGUUGAAACGAGUGCAAGAAGAGCUCGAAAGUUUCAAGAACUUCUACGGUGAUAUGGGAGAAAGGGAAGUAUUAUUAGAAGAGAUUCACGAUUUAAAGGCGCAGCUACAAUGUUACACUGACUCUUCUCUUACAUCUGCUCGGAAAAGAGGUUCCCUGCUUAAGCUAACAUACGCUUGUGACCGUGACCAAGCUUCACCACUUAAUACCAUUCCUGAGUCAGUGGACGAGUGUCCUGAGAAGACACUAGAACAGGAAAGACUUCGUUGGACUGAAGCAGAGAGCAACUGGAUCUCUCUUGCUGAAGAAUUGAGAACCGAGCUUGAUACCAAUAGAUUGCUAAUGGAAAAGCAGAAACGUGAACUGGAUACAGAGAAAAGGUGUGCUGAAGAGUUGACAGAAGCAAUGCAAAUGGCGAUGCAGGGUCAUGCACGGAUGAUUGAACAGUAUGCAGACCUGGAAGAGAAGCAUAUCCAAUUGCUUGCAAGGCAUAGGAGGAUUCGAGAAGGAAUAGAUGAUGUAAAAAAAGCAGCAGCCAGAGCAGGAGUCAAGGGAGCUGAGUCUAGAUUCAUAAACGCACUUGCAGCAGAAAUUUCAGCUUUGAAAGUGCAAAGAGAGAAGGAGGCACAAUACUUCAGGGAUGAAAACAAGAGUCUCCAGUCACAACUAAGAGAUACUGCUGAAGCUGUUCAAGCAGCAGGAGAGUUACUUGUUCGACUUAAAGAAGCUGAAGAAGGAUUGACAUUUGCACAGAAAAGGGCAAUGGAUGCAGAGUAUGAAGCAGCAGAAGCAUAUAAAAAGAUGGACAAGUUGAAGAGGAAAUACGAAACCGAAAUCAGCACUGUAAACCAACAACAAAUAACAGAGCCACAAAAUCCCAUAGAAUCUUUGCAAGCUUCUUGUAAUGGCGAUGAUAUGGCUAAAUAUGAUGAACCAUCAGCUAGUGAUGGUGAUCACCAAUGGAGAGAAGAGUUCGAGCCAUUUUACAAGAAAGACGAAGAGUUGUCAAAGCUCGCUGAACCCUCUUGGUUCUCGGGGUAUGACCGAUGCAACAUAUAAUUUCGUUUCCACAACGAUUUCUUUUCUUUAAUGUGUAUAGGAAAAAGAAAGACAUGUUGAGGUCUGAUCUGAUUCUGUGAGAUAUAGAUCUAAAGCUUGUACUCUUUUCAUUGUAUUUCUUAUGUGCUACAAACUCAUUUUACAAUUCAAACAUUUUUUUGUGAGAUUUGAUUGAUCACAUUAGUAGAGAUAAAGCAUCUGAAGGAUG